AUGGCAUCCCAGGGCAACAAAAGCUACUACGUUGAGAAGAAUGAAUCUGAAUCGCCAGUUUCUUCCGCCGUCGACCCGGUCGAGGUCGGUCACGUGACCGGUCGCAAGAGACGUCUCCCUUUCAGCCUGGAGGUAAGGCAGGAGGAGAGCAGCUUUGCAAAAACGAAAAAUGCCUCCAAUGCCGAUUUCGAUCCGAUUCCACCGUCGAAGCGCACAUGGAACUGGGGCGCAUACGUUGCAUACUGGAUGGCCGACGCCUGGGCUGUGUCGAACUGGGAAGUCGCAUCUUCCAUGAUCGCCGUUGGCCUCAGCUGGAAAUACGCGAUCGGUGCCUGUGUGCUCGGUAAUUCUAUCAUGGGCAUGGUGAUCACUAUCAACGGCAGAAUGGGUGCUAUUCUUCACACGCCAUUCCCGGUUCUGGCUCGCAUGCCAUUCGGCUACUACUUCAGCUACUUUGUCGUCCUGUCUCGCUGCGUUCUCGCCAUUGUCUGGCUAGGUGUACAAACCACGACUGGCGGUCAGUGUAUGACUGUCCUACUCACAGCCAUCUGGCCGAGCUUCAGAAACAUUCCCAAUCACAUACCCGAAGACGAGGGCAUCACUUCGGCGGGAAUGGUUGGUUUCCUGCUCUACUUCCUGCUCCAGCUUCCCUUCCUGUGCAUCCCCUAUACCAAGGUCCAAUACUUCUUCGCUUUCAAGAGUAUCAUUGCACCGAUCAUAUUCUUGGCCGUCUUCGGCGAUACUUUGCACAAGGCUGGCGGAACCAUCAAUCAUAGUACUGUCAUCACCCAAGGCACUUUGUUGAAAGGGUCAGCCUUGGCUUGGGCAUUCUUCGGCAAUCUCAAUGGAGUCUUGGGCAACUACGCCACGUUGGGUCUGAACAUCGCAGAUUUCUCCAGAUAUGCCAACAGACCAAGCGCACAAAACGUCCAAGUCAUCGUCAUCCCCUUCAUCUUCACCAUCGUCGGCCUACUAGGCAUCUUCACCGCCGCAUCUUCCGAAACCGCAUAUGGCCACGUCAUCUGGAACCCGAUCGAGAUCGUUGAUCUAUGGCAACACUCCGGCUCCUCCGGUGGUCGUGCCGCCGCUGCUUUCGGCGCCAUCGGUCUCAUAAUUGUCACCUUGGGCAUCAACAUCUCAGCCAACUCCAUCAGCGCGGCCAACGACCUCAUGUCUUUCUGCCCUAGAUACAUCAACAUCCGCCGUGGUCAACUGCUCGCUGCCUUCAUCGGUAGCUGGGGCUUCGUUCCCUGGAAAAUCCUCGCCUCCGCCGCAAAAUUCCUCGCCUUCCUCGGCGGCUACACCAUCUUCCUGGGUCCCAUGACCGGCAUCCUCAUCACCGACUACUACAUCGUGCGCCGCGGCAAAGUCUCCGUGCCCGACAUGUACAACUUCCACGGCAUGUACCGGUACUCGCCCAAGUUCGCGACCAAUUGGCGCGCUGUGGCCGCCUUCUUCAUCGGCUGCGUGCCUCCCCUUCCGGGGUUCGUGAACAACAUCGUCGUGGCGGGCGACGGCACGACCGGCGUUUCCGUCGGCGGUCAGCAUUUAUUCAGCAUAGGCUACGUCUACUCCUUCGUCGCCUCCUCGGUCUUCUACUACGCCUUCAACCGGUUUUUCCCACACCACGACUCCAUCAUGACCCACGCCGAGACGGGCGAGGAGAUCAUCGCCGCCAACGACGCCAAAAACGUCGCGGAGCGGAGGCAGAGUUGGGUCGACACUGGGAAGAGGCCGAACGUCGUCAAGAGGUUCUUUCAGGUCUAG